AUAACAUAACAAAAGAAGUCGUGCUAAUGUCAAUGUGCUACAUUUAACCCUUCGAAAGAUAAGACUCAAUAUCUCAACUCAAUGACGUUUAUUAAUGUUGUUGAGUGCUACCUGGCCCUCUUUGGCUCACAGAAAUACCAGAUUCUCUUUUAGGAUCCAAACACAAUGGCAGAGUGUUUUAUGCACUCAGUUUAUAUUUUUAGCAUUAACCAAAAGUAUUGCUCAGAGAAACUAAAUGAAAUUUUCAACGGAAUUUAUUUUUCUCAAGUAGUAUCUCCAAAUUCAUCAAUCAAGAGCAGAAGCUGCACUUUAAACUUGAGGCUAUGGACCUGCUGCAUGUUGGUGUUUUCUCUCCUGCGCACUCUGAUGGAGCUGAAGAAGAAUAAAAAGUUGAAUCUGUUUGUGAGGCAUCUGAGGCAGGAACACCGAGAAUACUUUCCUCAAUGUCUUACUUCACUGUAUGAGUUGAUGUUGGUGGAGAAAUAUCAGACUCCUCAAUUUGAUGAUGAUUACCCAGAACGCACUGAGAGAGGGCAGGCAGAUCCUGAGGCCCUGUACAUAGUUGAGAAGAUGCUGGAGACCUGUGGCAGUGAGAGGUCUCUGAAGAUCACACUCGACAUCCUGAGGAGCAUGGAGCAGAAGGAUCUUGCCGACUCACUGGAGAGAGAUGUGCAGCACAAUGAAUCCAUAAAAAGAGCCCAGCAGGCACUGAAAACUCAUCUGAUGAAGAGGAUUGAACACAUAUUUGAAGGUUUAGCAAAGCAGGAGCACCAAACCCUCCUCAAUGAGAUCUAUACAGAGCUCUACAUCACAGAGGGGGGAAGUGGGGGGGUCAAUAAUGAACAUGAGAUCAGACAGAUUGAGACAGCAUCCAAGAGACAAACCACACAGGAGACUGCAAUCCUCUGCAAUGAAAUCUUUAAGCCUUUAUCUGGACAAAAGAAACCCAUCAGAACUGUGCUUACAAAGGGCAUUGCUGGCAUUGGGAAAACAGUCUCUGUGCAGAAGUUCAUUCUGGACUGGGCAGAAGGAAAAGCCAAUCAGGAUGUUGAUUUCAUCUUCACUCUUCGUUUCCGAGAUCUGAAUCUGCAAAAGGAGAGAGAAUUGAGUCUGAUGCAACUUCUGCAGCACUACUUUCCACAACUGAAAGAGAUCGAAAGUGUUGAAGGUGAUGAAGUCAAAGUUGUGUUUAUCUUUGAUGGUCUGGAUGAGUGUCGACUUCCUCUGGAUUUCCAAAGCAAUAAGCUCUGCUGUGAUAUAACAGAGUCAUCAUCAGUGGAUGUGCUGCUGACUAACCUCAUUCUGGGGAAUCUGCUUCCCUCUGCUCGCCUCUGGAUCACCUCCCGACCAGCAGCAGCCGGUUGGAUCCUUCCUGAGUGCAUCCACCAGGUGACAGAGAUACGAGGGUUCAAUGACGCACAGAAGGAGGAAUACUUCAGGAAGAAAAUCAGAGACCAGAACCUGGCCAGCAGAAUUAUCUCACACAUAAAGUCGUCCAGGAGUCUCUACAUCAUGUGUCACAUACCAGUCUUCUGUUGGAUUUCUGCUACUGUUCCGGGGACAAUGCUGGGUGAAACAGAGAGUGGAGUUCUGCCUAGAACUCUGACUGAAAUGUACACACACUUCCUGCUCAUUCAGACUAAUGUGAAGAAUCAGAAGUAUCAUGGUGCCAAUGAGAUGAACCCAAAGAAAGUGUCAGAGUCAGAUACAGAAAUCAUCCUGAAACUGGGGCGGCUGGCUUUUCUACAGCUGGAAAAGGGCAAUCUGAUAUUCUAUGAAGAGGACCUGAGAGAGAGUGGCAUUGAUGUCAGUGAAGCUUCAGUGUACUCUGGGUUGUGCACAGAGAUCUUCAAAGAGGAGUGUGGGUUGGAUCAGGAGAAGGUCUACUGCUUUGUGCAUCUGAGCAUUCAGGAGUAUCUGGCUGCCUUGUAUGUCUUUCAUUCAUGUGUAAAUGAGAACAGAAAUGUACUCAGUGCAGAAGAGUCAAAACCUCACAGUGACAGAGUGCAGAUGUCUGAGGUACACAGGAGUGCAGUGGAUCAGGCCUUAAAGAGUAAGAAUGGACACCUGGACCUUUUCCUCCGAUUCCUUCUCGGCUUCUCUCUGGACUUCAUUCAGACUCUCUUAGGAGGACUACUGACACAGACAGGAAGCAGAUCAGAGAGCAUUGAGAAAACAGUCCAGUACAUUAAGGAGAGGAUCAGAGAGGAAUCUUCAGCAGAGAGGACCAUCAAUCUGUUCCACUGUCUCAAUGAACUGAAUGACAACUCUCUAGUGGAGGAAAUCCACAAUUCACUGAGAUCAGGAAAACUUUCUGAUCAAGAGCUGGAACCAGACCAAUGUUCAGCUCUGGCCUUUGUGUUACUGAUGUCAGAGGAGGUCCUGGAUGAGUUUGACUUGAGGACCUACAACACAUCAGCAGCAGGUUAUCUGAGACUGGUGCCAGUAGUCAGGAACUGCAGGAAGGCCAUUCUGAGUGGCUGUGAGCUCACAGAGGAGGCCCUUGAAAUUGUGGCCUCAGCUCUCCAGUCAUCAAACUCACCCCUGAGAGAUCUGGACCUCACCUACAAUAACCUGGGAGAUUCCGGAGUGGAGCUGCUCUGUGCUGGACUGAUGAGUCCAAACUGUAAACUACAGAGACUGGGGUGAGUAGUGCUGUGUAUUGUGUGACCUCAACUAAAUAGAAUUUGUGAUUAUGGCUCUGUGCAGUGAAAUA